CACACUUAAUUAAAUUUAAUUUAUUAAAUUUUUUAAUUUUUUUUUUUUUAUUUAUAUAAAUUAAUUUUUUUUUUGUAUAUACAUAUUUUUAAAUAAAAUGUCAUUCGAAUAUCCAAAAUUAAAUUUAGUUAAACCAGUACCAAGCGAUAUUGAUAUUGCAUCAUCAGCCGUUCCAUUACCAAUUAAGAAGAUUGCAGAACAUAUUGGCUUAUUAGAAGAUGAAAUCGAUUUUUAUGGCAAAUACAAAGCUAAGGUUAAUUUAAGCACAAUCGAUCGUUUAAAAGAUGCAGAGAAUGGUAAUUAUGUUGUAGUCACUGGUAUUAAUCCAACCCCAUUAGGAGAAGGUAAAUCAACUACAACUAUUGGUUUAUGUCAAGCUUUAGGUGCCCACCUCAAUAAAAAGUCAUUUGCUUGUAUUCGUCAACCAUCACAAGGUCCAACAUUUGGUAUUAAAGGUGGAGCAGCUGGUGGUGGUUAUUCACAAGUUAUUCCAAUGGAAGAGUUCAAUUUACAUAUGACCGGUGAUAUCCAUGCUAUCACUGCUGCCAAUAAUUUAUUAUCUGCUGCUAUUGACACUCGUAUUCUCCAUGAAUCAACCCAAACCGAUGCUCAACUUUGGAAACGUCUUUGUCCAGAAGCUAAAGAUGGCAGUCGUAAAUUCUCACCAAUUAUGAUUCGUCGUUUGGUUAAAUUAGGUAUCAAUAAAACCGACCCAAAUACUUUAACAGAAGAAGAAAUCUCAAGAUUUGUUCGUUUAGAUAUUGAUCCAGAAUUAAUUACUUGGAAUCGUGUUUUAGAUACCAACGAUCGUUUCCUUCGUGGUAUCACUGUUGGUCAAGGUAAAGAAGAACAACGUUUCGCAAGAAAAACAAAUUUCGAUAUCUCUGUUGCCUCUGAAAUUAUGGCUGUUUUAGCUCUUUGCACAAGUUUAUCAGAUAUGAGAGAACGUUUAGGUCGUAUGGUUGUUGGCCCAAGUAGAGCUGGUGAACCAGUUACUGCCGAUGAUCUUGGUGUUGGUGGUGCUUUAACAGUUUUAAUGAAGGACGCUAUUAUGCCAACUCUUAUGCAAACACUUGAAGGUACACCAGUUUUAGUUCAUGCUGGUCCAUUUGCUAAUAUUGCUCACGGUAACUCUUCAAUUAUUGCUGAUCAAAUCGCCCUUAAACUCGCUGGUAAAGAUGGUUAUGUAGUUACUGAAGCUGGUUUCGGUGCUGAUAUUGGUGCAGAGAAAUUCUUUGACAUCAAAUGUCGUUCAUCUGGUUUAAAACCAAAUUGUGCUGUUAUUGUUGCUACUAUUAGAGCUCUUAAAAUGCACGGUGGUGGUCCAAAAGUUGUUGCUGGUACUCCAUUAGAUAAAGCUUAUACCAAUGAAAAUUUAGAACUUUUAGAAAAAGGUAUUGAAAAUCUUUCUCAUCACAUUAAAAACCUCAAGAAAUUUGGUGUCGGUGUAGUCGUUGCAGUCAAUAAAUUCUCAACUGAUAGUGAUAAAGAAGUUCAACUUUUAGUAGACCUUUCAAUGAAAGCUGGUGCUAACUCUGCAGUUAUGUGUGACCAUUGGGCCGAAGGUGGUAAUGGUGCUAUCGAAUUAGCUAAAGCUGUUGAAAAUGCCUGUAAAGAAACAAACAAAGAUAACUUUAAAUACCUCUAUCCAUUAGAUCUUUCAAUUAAAGAAAAGAUUGAAACCAUCGCAAAAGAAAUUUAUGGUGCUGAUGGUGUUGAAUUUAGUGCCGAUGCCGAAGCUAAAAUUCAAUUAUACACCAAACAAGGCUUUGAUAAGCUUCCAAUUUGUAUGGCUAAAACUCAUCUUUCACUUAGCCACGAUCCAGAAAAGAAAGGUGUUCCAACUGGUUUUACCUUACCAAUUCGUGAUGUACGUGCUUCCAUUGGUGCUGGUUUUAUUUAUCCAUUAGUAGGCACAAUGCAAACUAUUCCAGGUUUACCAACUCGUCCAUGUUUUUAUGAAAUUGAUAUUGAUACCAAUACUGGUAAAGUUAUUGGUUUAACUUAUUGUUUGGUCAUUAAGAUUUUAGUAAAGGUAACUAGAAAUAAAAAUAACGAUGUUGGUAAUAUUAACGGUUAUAUUGAUUUUCCCUCUUGGUUUUAA